CGGAUGUGGAACCGUGCCCUUUGCCAUCCGACAUUUUUGAUGACGUAGUACGCAAGUACACAACACACGGGUCUUGGUGCUAUUUUGGAACAAGACAAGAGUAGCCAAAAUGAACUGGCAUAAAGGAGGAGGGGGCCAGAAGCGAGGGUUUGGCUUCGGUGGCUUUGCCCUGGGAAAAAAGGACGACAAAGGCAGCGCCCCCAACUAUGGAAUGGUUCCUCCCGUGGGCAGUGGAAGAGGGGGAGUGUUCACUAACAUGGACAUUACUGUAGGGAGGAAGAGACACGCCAUGAGUGAUGAGCAAAGUUACUUUGACGAUGAUGAUGAUGAUGAAGGUAAUGUCCCAGCGGUCAGUCCUGGACGUAAACCUGCGGACAGUGAUGAGGACAGUGAAGAGGAUCCACUGGACUCCUUCAUGGCACAGGUGGAAACUGCAGCACAAAGAGACUUAGAGAACAUGGGCAAGAAAGAUGAAAAGAAGACAAAAGAAGAGAGAUUUGACAUUGAUGAAAUGGAUGACCAGGAGUCAUACUUCAAGUACAUGGAAGAGAACCCUCUAGCAGGGGUGAAUCCAGACGAUGAUGACCCUAUUGUUGAAUAUGAUGAGGAUGGAAACCCCAUUGUUCCAGAGAAGUCGAAAAUCAUCGACCCCCUGCCCCCCAUAGACCACUCAGAGAUUGAUUACCCGAACUUUGAAAGGAACUUCUACGAAGAACAUGGAGAUAUCUCCAAACUCUCACCAGCAGAGGUCAACGAACUCAGAAGAAAGCUGGACAUAAGGAUAUCGGGUGCUGCCCCUCCUAAACUGGUGACCAGUUUUGCCCACUUUGGUUUUGAUGAGCAACUCAUGCAUCAAAUCAGGAAGUCAGAAUACUCCCAGCCUACACCCAUCCAGGCACAGGGAAUUCCCGUGGCUCUAAGUGGCCGAGACAUCAUCGGCAUUGCGAAGACGGGCAGCGGAAAAACGGCUGCGUUUGUGUGGCCCAUGCUGGUGCAUAUUAUGGACCAGAAGGAGUUAGAGGCAGGGGAUGGACCCAUUGGGCUGAUCUGUGCACCUACCAGGGAGCUGUCACAGCAAGUAAGAGGGAGUAUGUGGGAACAGACCAAGGCUCUACAACUGGGCGCUGAGAUCGUCGUCUGCACUCCGGGCCGUCUGAUAGACCUUGUGAAGAAGAAGGCCACUAACCUGCAGAGAGUGACAUACCUGGUGUUUGAUGAGGCUGACAGGAUGUUUGACAUGGGAUUUGAGCCACAAGUCAGGUCUAUAGCCAAUCAUGUCAGACCAGACAGACAGACCCUACUGUUCAGUGCCACCUUUAAGAAGAGAAUAGAGAGGCUGUGCAGAGACAUUCUCAUGGACCCCAUCAAAGUGGUGCAGGGCGAUCUGGGAGAGGCCAAUGAGGAUGUACAACAGAUAGUUGAGAUCUUCCCAGCAGGUCCACCCAAGUGGCAGUGGCUGACUAGGAGACUGGUGGAGUUUACUUCAGUUGGCAGUGUUCUCAUCUUUGUGACCAAAAAAGCCAACAGUGAAGAGCUGGCAUCCAACCUCAAGGCUCAGGACUUUGAAGCUGGUUUGCUUCACGGUGACAUGGACCAGAGUGAGAGAAACAAAGUCAUCUCAGAGUUCAAGAAGAAAACCAUCCCUGUACUGGUAGCUACAGAUGUGGCAGCUCGUGGUUUGGACAUUCCCUCUAUCAAGACUGUAGUGAACUACGACGUGGCUCGUGACAUCGACACUCACACACACAGGAUCGGCAGAACAGGCCGUGCAGGUGAGAAGGGUGUGGCGUACACCUUGAUAACCACUAAGGAUGUGCACUUUGCCCCACAUCUGGUGAGAAACCUGGAGGGAGCCAACCAGAGAGUACCUGAGGAACUCAUGAACUUAGCCAUGCAGAAUAACUGGUUCAGGAAGAACCGGUUCAAGGGUGGUCGAGGCAAGAAGAUCACGGGUUUUCAGAAGAGAGAGAGACCUGGACUUGGAGCAGACCUGAGUGGUGGAGGCAGUAAGAAUGACGACUACGGUGAUGACGAGGACGGAAACAUGUCGGCCCCGAUGACCUACAGCACGUUCGGCGGGGACAACGCCUACUCUGCCGGCGCCAGCCGCACGGCCGCCGGGCCACAGAGCGACCGACUGUCCGCACUCAAGAGUGCCUUCAUGACUCAGUAUAAGAAAAAGUUCCAGGUAGCCAGUGACUCGGCCAGGCCCACUUUCAAAGGUGGCAGCAGCCUGAGCACAGUAUCAGGCAGGGGAGGGUUCACCAGUGGGGGCAGUCUGCACACUGUGGACUCACCAGGCACUGGACUUACGCAGUACCAGAAAAAGUUCCGGCCGGCCAGUGACUCUGCCAAGCCUACCUUCAAAGGUGGCAGCAGCCUGAGCACAGUAUCAGGCAGGGGAGGGUUCACCAGUGGGGGCAGUCUGCACACUGUGGACAUGGCCACCAACCCACAGACAGCCUCACCAGGCAGUGUCAUUAGUCAGUACCAGAGAAACUUCCAAUCUGCCAGUGACUCCAGCAAACCUUCCUUCAAAAGCGGCAGCAGCCUGAGCACAGUGGGGACUUCAGGAGGGUUCGGUGGUGGACAAAGUAGCCCUAGCAGUGGGAAGGCAUCAGGAGGAUUGGGAGGCUUCCAAAGUGGCAGUAGCCUGUCUACAGUGAAGUCACCCGGAGGCAUGGCAGGGUUCCAGAGUGGGAGCAGUCUGAGUACUGUCGGGUCAUCAGGAGGGUUCCAGAGUGCAGGGAGUCUACACACCAUCAGCAGUCCUACUGGUUCUAGUGGAGCAGCCGACAAAUUUACAAACUUUGCCAUACCCAAGGACCCAGUAACCAGCCCCUCGGCACUGAGCAGAGCACACAAUUCGUCCGGCAGCAGAUUCAGCAGCUCUUCUAGCAGCAGCAGCAGCUCACACAGAGAUCGGGACAGGGAUCGAGAUCGCGACCGUGACCGCCACAGGGAUCAUCACGACCACGACAGGAGCCGGGACAGGGACAGGGAUCGCGACCGAGAUCGGGACAGACACCGGGACAGAGAUCGGGACAGAGAUCACGACCGCCACAGGCACGAUAAAGAGCGGGACAGGGAUAGGGACAGCGACGGUUUCAAAGCGCCCGGACCCGUCUCGUCACCACCAAGUUCCAAGCAACCAAAAUCAAAGAGAAGCAGAUGGGACACUUAAGACAUCUCUCCCUGUCCUUUUGUACUCGAAUUGUGUCAUAUAUUAUAACAAUAUUACAUCUUACAAAGGUCUGUACUGUUGUAGAGCAGGCUGAGUGUUGGUAUUACAUGUAGUAGAUAGAUUUUCAAGAUAUUGAGAGUGUUACGUGUACGUGUACUUAAUAUUCAAGUAGUGUUCUAUCCUAACUAUAUGUACAGACUAUUUCAUACAAACAGACGGUUUUUGUGGCUGCUAAUUUUUGAGUAGUUUCCAUAGAAAUCUUGAGUUCUUUUGUACAGAUUUUACUUCAUUCAGAACAAUGAUGAGAAGUAUAUAGUAGAUCAUACUGCAUUGAAGGUUGUUAUGAUAUAAUGCAGAACUUAUUUUACAAACUAUUACUGUAAUUGUAACCAUAGUUUCUGCCACUGCCUUUGUGUUACAUAACAUAAUUUCCAUACAUUUGGGGGGGGGGGGCUUUGUACAUUGUACUUAAUGUACAACUGUACAUGCAAACAGUAUUUUGUAGUGGAACUACUUCUACAUUUUUGUAAGUAGAUGAAUUUUUGAAUUAAGUAAAAAUAUAGAUGAUACUUAGAGGGAUUUGAGAGAAGUCAUGAAAUAUACUGUCACUGUCUAGAGUUUCGCACAGAAGAUUUGCAUAUCAAACUACUAAGAAAAUGUUGUCAACCUUUUUCUUUACCACUGACAAUGUUAAACCUUUCUGUCAUCAAUGAAAUUACUUGAACUAAAAGUUUGAUGAAAUGAAAAAAAAAAACCUAAGCUCCCUGGAACUUUAGCCAAUACCAAUGUGCUCUUUUGCAGGAUAAUUCUGUAGAGAAUUCUCUUUUAAUACAAAGUAGCCGAUGUGCUGUGAUAUGUAUUUUGUGUUCUCUAUGCAUGGGAAAUAUUGUGUGAUCAUAGAUGAAAUUUUACUGAUUUGGAUUAGUACUGAUACUAGUUCUGUUCGAUUGUUUUUUCAGAGACAUUGCUUUUUAGUCUCUUCAGUUGCAAAAAUGUGGACUCUUACUACUAAUUGACACUUAGCAUUCAUUACGAAACCUGUACUUCUAUUUUCAUCGUUUUAGAAUUCUUUGCCUAAGGAUGCUUGGGUCCAGAUGCCUCUGCAAGAUUGUGACUUUUCGAAGAAGACUCUUGAAACCACCUUUACUCUUGUUUGUUUUAUAAUGAAAUGAAGAAUACAAAAGCUACCGGGGUAUGAAUUGAAUGAAGAAUACAAAACAUUUUUUGCCACGAAAAUUUUUUUGUCAUACAUGUGAUUGUUUCUUUUACCUUCUACUUAUGUGUGCAAUAUACAGCAAA